GGUAGUGUAUACAGUAUACCUUCAUCGCUUUAUUUCCGCCGCGGGGUCAAUCGUGUCCAGUUUUCACAUCAGUCAACUGAACUGGACUAUCCCCUCCAUCCGCCAAAUAACGCCUCGGAAGUCAUUUCCAUAUGCGAUCGCGUAUCUUCUUCCAAAACUGGACUUGAAACACUGUUGCGCAGCAUGCUAUGA